GCAGAGCCCCCCCCACUCUCACUGGCAUGAGCCAGCGCCCCUGCCGCUGCUCUCCACGGCCACCUUCCAGCUCCUGCUGCUGCAGCUACAGGGACCUGACAGCCGCCGGCCCCCCUCGCCCAUCAGACAGUCGUAAAGAAGAAAGUUCUACUCUUUCUGUCAAAAUGAAGUGUGAUUUUAGCUAUAACCAUACUCAUUCUGGACUUAAAUUAGUAAAGCCUGAUGAUACUGGAAGACAAGGUUCAUAUACUCCUGCAUGUUUGGAAGGUUCUUAUGAAGACUGCAUUAAAGACUAUGUAAGGUUAUCAGAUAUUGGGUCACCAAUUGCGAGCCCCAGGAUUGUAGAACUUGAAUCUGAAAAUGAAAACAAACUCUUUCAUAACAAGGAAAAUCAACAUGUGCAACAAAUACUUGAUAGUUCAAAUGAGAUAGAAGAACUAGAGUCCAGUGCACCUUAUGAAGACAGUGGCUAUACUUCAUUUUCCCAGCAAAGUGGCUUCAAUGAACAUGAAGAGGGUAGCCUUCCCUUGGAAAAUUUCAAUGACAGUCCACAGUCCUGCCUGCUUCAGAUGCAAAGCCCAGACCAAUAUCCCAGCAAAAAUUUGCUGCCGGCUCUCCACUUUGCAAAAAUGGUUUGCUCAACAUUAAAAAAGAAUGCCAAACGAAACCCUAAAAUAGAUUGGGAGAAACUGAAAGAAUGUAUAUUCAGUGGAAAUUUUGGACUACAGAAUAUAAUUGGUAGGAAAAUGGGCCUAGAAUAUGUAGAUAUACUCAGUGAACUCUUUCGAAGGGGACUUAGACAUCUCCUAGCAAAUAUUUUAACACAGCUCAAUGAUAUGGACUUAAUCAGUGUGUCUAAAGUGAGCACAACUUGGAAGAAGAUCCUAGAAGAUGAUAAGGGAGCAUUGCAGUUGUAUAAUAAAGCAAUAGAGAGAGUUAAGGAAAAGAACAUUAAGUUUUCACCACAUGCUUCAACCAGAGAAUAUGUUAUGUUCAGAACUGCAUUAGCUUCUGUUCAAAAAUCAGCAGCCCAGGCUCACCCCAAAAAAGAUGCUCAAACCAAGUUAUCCCAUCCAGGUGAUCAGAAAGGUUCUACUUACAGUCGACACAAUGAAUUCUCUGAGGUUGCCAAGACUUUGAAAGAGAAUGAAAGCCUCAAAGCCUGUAUUCGUUGUAAUUCACCUGCGAAAUAUGAUUGCUAUUUACAACGAGCGAUCUGCAAACGAGAAGGCUGUGGGUUUGAUUAUUGUACAAGGUGUCUGUGUAAUUAUCAUACCACCAAAGAAUGUUCAAAUGGUAAACCCCUAAAAGCCAGUUACAAAGUAGGUCCUCUGCCUGGUAGUAAAACAAGCAAGAAGAAUUUACGACGAUUGUGAUCUCUUGUUAAAUCAAUUGUACCUGAUUGUGAAGGUUAGUUAGGAUAUGCUAGGUUUUAAUUUAAAAACAGUAAAUGUAUUGUGAUUUCCAAUUUUCUGUUGAAAUCAACGUAGUAUGUGAGAUUUCCCCCCUUGAGUAAAGAGAAUAUACAACCUCUUAAAAUAUUUUACAAUUUAAUUUGAAAAAGUUUAAAAUUCUCCGUAUAAAUCAGAAAGUUUAAAUGUUUUAAGAAAAAGGAAAAGUAGUUAUCUGAUAUUUGUAAUUCAGGGAUAAAAUAAAAUUGAUUCAAUUUUUAUGGUAAAAGAAGACCAUGUAAUUUUACCUAGAUAUCUUAAAUAUAUAUCUUGUUCACCAUCUAUUAGCAUUUGAGACAUUUUAUUUGCCCUACCAAAUUAACAGCUAUUGAAAUAACUUCUGGAGUCUGUUAAUUUAAAUGUUUUGUCAUCUUUAACCUCCUUUUCAGUGUGUACAUUUCCUUAAAAAGUACCCUUUGUGAAAUCUUGCUUUUUUCUAUUUGUAA